CACGGCUCGCUCCAACGUGCGAGAGCUCGAGCGCUGCGUUUCGGCAGUGUGGGGAAGCGUAACGCGCGGCAGUGGUUCACUUCUGGGGUUCCAGCACUGUUUCUUUUUUUACUUUGCUAAGACAGAUGAGUCGCUUUGUGGUCCGAAACAGUUGGGGUUUUUUGUUGCGUUUUACACGUUACUGGAAUUUCGACUUUUCAGAAUAAACUGAACAACCUUCCCUGUCGCUGAGACCCGCACGGAGGAGAGUCCCGGGAUCCUUCCGUACAGUAGAGGAGGAAGGUGUCGGUCACGCGGGCGCGGGACUCGGUGGACUCUCGGCGACGAACGGCAGUGUCGGACAGCCCAGCGAGGUUAUGGCAACGGCACCCCGUCCGUGGAGCUGCUCGCCACUGUAGCGCUAGCGGACUCGGCUGGCCUCCGGUGCGUGUCCUCGGACCUGUCCCCGCGGCGAUCGCGUGCCAGUGGACGGUUGCCAACGUUUGCGGAUAACUGCUGUACACCACGCCGGGAGUUGAAUGCCUUUGCAGGGUGUUUGCUGGUUUCUGUGCUGCAGACAAGGGUUCAGCUUGCUGGGACGGGAAUAUGGGGGGAGAGAGGAGGAAGAGUCCUUCGAAUUGCGCAACAAGGACGAACCGACGUGCAACGGACGGGGCCAGCUGGAAGUGACGGUCUCCCAACCCACACGACCGGCCAACGGCACACCCAGUCUGUCAGGUGUUUCUGAGAAGUGCAGACUGAUGGCAGGGAAGUCUAAGCUGGAGGACGAACCGGAGUUGCUCGUUAAAGGCUGGCUCCUGAGGAACGUGCAGGGCGGCUGGCUCAGGCAGAGACGUUUCUGGUUCACGCUGAGCUCCGACUCACUGGACUGCUACAGCGGCCCCGAGAGAGACAGCAGCAGACUGGGCACACUGGUGCUCACCUCACUGUGCUCAGUGCUGUGGCCAGACAAACACACCUACAAACAGACAGGGUACUGGAGUCUUACAGUCUAUGGGCGGAAACACUGCUACAAGCUCUUCACUAAGCAUUUCAAUGAAGCAGUGCACUGGGCCUGUGCAGUACAGAAGGUCAUAGACAGUAAAGCACCAAUGGAGACGCCAACCCAGCUCCUGAUCCGAGACAUAGAGGAGAAUAAGUUUAACCCUGAGGUGGUGGAACACAUCUAUCAGCACAACCCCAUCCUCACAUACACCCAGAGUCCCCUCUAUGCCCCACUACUCCCCUUUCCCUACGGCAGCCUGGACGUCACACACAUGUCCAGUAAGGGCUACAUAUCGGUGCGCGAGGAGGCAGUGCGGCUGUUCCAGUGUCUCCAGCAGUUGGAGUCUGCGCGAGAGCCCAUCCCCCUGAUCCAGGGAGUCCUGCAGACGUGCCUUGACCUCCGACCCCUGCGGGAUGAGCUCUACUGCCAAGUCAUCAAGCAGACGAGCGUGUUGCAGACGCAGACUCAGAUGCAGGCCGGGCAGACGCUCCGCUAUUGGCAGCUACUGACCUGCAUGAGCUGCACAUUCCUACCUAGCAGCUCAGUGCUCAGAUACCUGCGCUUUCACCUGAAGAGGGUGCAGAGUGUGUGUGUGGACUCAGAGGUGGAGAGCUACGCGUCCUUCAUCACACACGCGCUGGAGAAGACGCGCUGCCGGGAGUGUGUUCCCUCCUGGGAGGAGAUCCAGGGCCUGAUGGCCCGCCAGGAGAUGCUGUGUACUGUGUAUUACCCUGGAUCAGGCUCCUGUACCCUGGGCAUCAGCUCCCAUACUACUGCUAAUGAGGUGGUGAGGAAGAUUGCCGAGCGCCUAGGCCUGCAGGACAGCUGUAACACCUUUGCUCUCUUCGAGCAGAAGUCCUGCUGUGAGCGGCCAGUCGCAGGCACGACCAUCAUCGCUGAUGUCAUCACCAGGUUUGAAAAUCUAUCAGCGAAGGAGCCAGCCUCAGACUCUCCCUGGAGACUGUACUUCAAACUCUACUGCCUCCUGGACACAGACAGCAUCAGUGCCGACAGCAUUGAGUACCUCUUCCUCUAUGAGCAGUGCCAUGAGAUGGUGGUGCGCGGGCAGUUGCCUGUAUGCGAGGACGACCUCCUGUCCCUGGCAGCCCUGCGCCUGCAGGCCCUGCUGGGCGACUACAGCCCACUGGCGCCGUGCCCACCGCUCGAGCAGCUGGUGCCGGCGCAGGCGCUGGAGGCGCGCGCCCUGCCCCCGCCAGCUGAGCCGCCCGCCUGCCCGUCCUUCGCGCCGGCCCUGCUCACUGGCGCCCUCUGGGGGCCCAAGCGGCGCGAGGAGCAGGACCGGCGGCUGCGGGAACGAGUGCGGGAGGAGGCCAGCGUCCUCACGGCUGGUGUGCUGGAGCGCUGGAAGGUUCUGGCCGGAUACGGCCGUGCCGACAGCAUGGCGGCCUACCUGGCUAUCGCACGCCAGUGGUCCGGCUUCGGCUGCACGCUGUACGAGGUGGACUUCUACAUAAGCUCGACGGGAAGCUUCUCUCAGCGCCUGUGGCUGGGAGUGGCGGCAUCCUGCGUGUCGCUGUAUCGGCAGGGCGAGCCCGAGGCCCUCGAGUCCCUGCCCAUCACACAGAUCUGCUCCUACGGCGUCUCCGACAGCAACACGUUCAGGAUCACUGCUGGGGACCGCGACCUGCUGUUUGAGACCACCAAGCUGGCUGAGAUCAUGCAGCUGAUGAAUGCCUACUUCAGUGCCACCCAACGCCAGCUGGGCAAGGAGGACUGCAUCACCAUGGAAACAACCCGCAAGCUCCGCCCCUCUCUGCUCGAACUACCCUCUCACCCAGUGUGAAGAGGCAUUUACAUACGCAUACACGCGUGCGCUCACACACACACACACACGCACGCACGUAAUAAGCAGUCUUGACUGAUUGCUUCAGUAACUUGAAGUGACUGUGGAAAGCGGGCGAACAAAGAGCGCACUGUCUGCUCCCUCCGUCCUGCACAGAAUGGACAGAAACUAAAGGAAAGGAAAGAGCAGAGGAAAGAGGGUGAACACCGGCAGGAAGGAGGAGAUGGACCAGCUCCAGGAGGGCCAGACAGCCGCCUUUACCCCCUCCCCCCAAACCCGGCAGGCCAGCUGGCCAAGCCCAGAGACGAGAGUCCUGCUCGGAGCACGGAGAGGCCGGGUGUGUCCCCAGCCUGCUGGAGCUCUGCCAGAGAUCCCAGAGCUCAGAGUGCAACCCUUACUGCUCGUUAGGAUACAGAGAGAUGGACAAGAGAGACCAGCCCAGAGGAACCGAGCAGGACACGUGUUCAGAUCCUCUCAUGGAAGCGGGACAGGGAGGACCUGCGCGUGUCUCUGGGCCUGCUCUGGGACUUCCUGUACACCUUCUGCGACUGGCCUCGUGUGACCUCGAGCUGGUAAUACAGACACAGAGUCCUUUUCGCCGUUCCGAACCUGCUUCACAGCUCCACACUGGCGCUCGUCUUGGCUGGGGAACAGGCAGGAUGUUCGCAGCACUUCCCAUCGUCCAAAGGAUCUCCGGUUCCUGCUUUUCUUGCUCCCAGCCAGACCAGGUGCUGCUUCCUCUGGUUCUGCGUCUACACUGUUGCUCCCUGCCAGGCUGCCCAGCCACGGUCCGAGGGGAGAGGUGGCAGAAUUUGCUGGCAGCUGGGAGCAUUUUUUGGAAACCCCAGCCCUGAGCUGUGGCAGUGAGCCAAUGAGAGCUGAGCAGCUAAGCCCCGCCUUCAGCCUGCUUUAAGACGAUCAUCUCUCAGCGUGACUGCUGAGGACCGCCCCCUGCAAUGCUUACGUUAAGGCAAACUCUACACCCAUAGAGAACCACCCCCUGUGAAGCUUUCAUUAACAUAUUCAAAAACCACACCCCCUCCCAAGAACCGCCCCCUCAAACACGGACCGAUCAGCAGGGCGGUUGGCACUGCCAGACUCCACAUACUCUAGUGACACACCCUCCCUUCAGUUCCUAUUUGGGUUUUAAUCUUGUUAUGAAGGUUUGUCAUGAAUAUAUAGGAUUCAUGACUAUAGGGUCAGAUGGCUUAUAACCAGUCUUUCAUCUGCUGAGUCUACUUUUGUUUUAACUUUUUUUUUUUUUUUUUUUAUGGCUACUUCGUGUUGUUUUGUAUUUAUGGAUGGCUGUUGUGUGGGAGUUUUUUAACUUGUCCCAUUUCCCUCAUUUUUAUAUCUCUUUAAUAAUCAGGACCUAGAACUGUUGUAUUAUUUCAUGAGUCAUGGUGUAUAGCAGUGGACGUUCAUUAUCCCUUCUUCAGAGGGGUACCUUAUAAUUACCCUGUUUUUCAGUAAAGCAAAGAUGUUAAAUACAUCAACAUGGACCAAAUAUCUUAGGUGGACAGGUACUGUUUCUCCAGGCAAGGAGGCCACAUCUUGGCCCUUAGCCAACAAUAACCCCAACACUUAUCCCUAGUCCCUAUUCAAGCUCUAACCCCAACCCUUAACCCUGGUCAAGCUCUAACCCCAACCCAAACACUUAUCCCUAGUCCCUAUUCAAGCUCUAACCCCAACCCUUAACCCUGGUCAAGCUCUAACCCCAACCCUUAACCCUGGUCAAGCUCUAACCCCAACCCAAACACUUAUCCCUAGUCCCCAUUCAAAAUCUAACCCUAACCACAACACUUUAACCCCUAGUCUCUAUUCAAGCACUAACCCUAACCACAACACUUUAAUCCCCAGUCUCUAUUCAAGAUCUAACCCUAAUCACAACACUUUAACCCUAGUCUCUGUUCAAGCGCUAACACUAACCCAAAACCUAACCCUAACUCUAGCCUCCAUAGGAACUCUAACCCCAACCCUAGUCGAGCACUGGCACUAACCGUAACCCUAGUCGAACUCUAGAGCUAACCUUAACCCUAACCCUAGUCCAGUUCUAACUCUAAUCCUAACCCUAGCUGUGUCUCAGGAUGCCACUGGUGCCUAUACACACUCAGCACUGACUAUAAACACUAAAAAGUGAGGCUGGGUCACCACCCCAGAUGCUUACAGGCUAGCUGUCGUCUUUAACCGUACUUGAGGUGCUUGUCAUUUUUGCCUAUUGUGUGGAAUCUGAUCUCAUGGAACCAAAUCCUGACACCCCUCCCACGUUAGUAGGCCAGGGGUUAAAAGGUAGUGUUUGCCAUGAUGUCCCUGUCCUGUCCCAUAGCAAAGACACUGGCCGAGUGUCUCUCAGCAGCUGCUGGCAGCUCCUCCCCCACUCUCUUAAAGCAACUCCCUACACAUAACGGAACACAGCAAAGCGGUGACUGUUCGAAUCAUUUCGUAUGCUGCAUGGUACUUCUCAAUGUUAUGCAUGUGUAGUCAAUUGCACUAUUGUUUGUACAGCUAACUUGAAUGUGCAAUAAUAAAAAUGAAUACUGUAUGUAAUUAAAAAUUAAAGACAUCACCAAUGGACCAUCA